AUGACUUCCCGAAACCAGCUGGUACAGCAGGUGCUGAAGGAGCUGCAAGAAGCAGUGGAGUCCGAGGGCCUGGAGGGCCUUGUGGGUACUGCCAUCGAGGCCAAGCAGGUCUUGUCGUCUUUCGCCCUUCCCCAAUGCCGGGAGGGGGGCACCAGUCCACAGGUGCUGGAGGUGGACACGGUAGCCCUGAGCCUGUACCCGGAAGAUGCUCCGCGGAACAUGCUGCCGCUGGUGUGCAAGGGCGAGGGCAGCCUGCUGUUCGAGGCCGCCAGCAUGCUGCUGUGGGGUGACGUGGGUCUCAGCUUGGAACUGCGCGCCCGCACAGUGGUGGAGAUGUUAUUACACAGGCACUACUACCUCCAAGGCAUGAUCGACUCUAAGGUUAUGCUGCAGGCUGUGCGCUACUCCUUGUGCUCUGAGGAGUCACCAGAGAUGACCAGCCUGCCAUCUGCCACGCUGGAGGCCAUCUUUGACGCAGACGUCAAAGCCACUUGCUUCCCCAACAGUUUCGCCAAUGUGUGGCACUUGUAUGCGCUUGCCUCGGUCCUUCAGCGCAACAUCUACUCCAUCUACCCUCUGCGCAACCUCAAGAUCCGCCCCUACUUUAAUCGCGUCAUUCGGCCGCGCCGCUGCGACCACAUACCUUCCACGCUGCACAUCAUGUGGGCAGGCCAACCAAUCAGCAGCCACCUCUUCCGGCACCAGUACUUUGCCCCAGUGGUGGGCCUGGAGGAGGUAGAGGCCGAGAGCGCUGCCGGCCUGGGUCAGGUCCCGGCAGCCCUAGCAUCUCUACCACCUCCCGCUAAGACUCUGGAGUUGCUCAGCCGGGAGCCUGGCCUCAGCUACUCGCACCUUUGCGAGCGCUACAGCGUCACCAAGAGCACCUUCUACCGUUGGCGGCGACAGUCCCAGGAGCACCGGCAGAAGGUGGCCACUCGCUUCUCGGCCAAGCACUUCCUGCAGGACAGCUUCUACCGCGGGGGUGUUGUGCCGUUGCAGCAAUUCCUGCAGCGGUUUCCCGAGAUUUCCCGCUCCACCUACUACGCCUGGAAGAACGAACUGCUGGGCUCCGGCGCCUGCCAGCCGUUAGUCCCCAAGGAAGAGCAGGCCAUGGAGGAGCUGGAGAAACUACCGGAGGAGCAGUGUGCUGAGGAGCUGGGGUGCCCCCCGCCGGCGUCUAGCCCUGGAGUGGUCUUAAUGCAACGGGCCAAGUUAUACCUGGAACAUUGUAUCUCCUUGAACACACUUGUUCCCUAUCGUUGCUUCAAGCGCAGGUUCCCUGGCAUCUCCCGGUCCACCUACUACAACUGGCGACGAAAGGCCCUCCGAAGAAACCCCAACUUCAAGCCGACACCAGCCGUCUCAGCAGCCGGGGCUCCCCAAGCAGCAUCUGUUGGAGAAGAGCCUCUGCCGCCUUGGAAGGAUGAGGUGGGAGAGGAAGCAGGGAAAGCAACAGGCGGGGAGGCCCCUGCGUCCCGGGAACCCCUGCCCUUGAGGGUGCCCUUGUCUCGCUGGCAGAGGCGCCUGCGCAAAGCGGCCCGCAAGCAGGUGCAGAGUGGGCAUCUCCCUUUUUGCCGCUUUCGCCUUCGCUACCCCAGCCUGUCACCGUCUACCUUUUGGGUCUGGAAGAGUCUUGCUCCGGGCUGGCCCAGAAGCCUGUCCAAACUCCAGAGGGAGUCCAUUGCCUUGGCCAAACCGGGAGCACUGGAGGCUGAAAGGAAGUCAGAGAAAGAAGCAGGUGGGAGUGAGGCGGCCCCACCCAAGGGGAUACUACAGGUGGAGGCUUCUCCAGAAGAGAUGGCCCUGGAAGGGCCUUCCCAAGAGGGGCCCGUGGCCCAGGGUCCAUCCCAUGGUGGGUCCCCAUUGAGCUACCCUGUGGCGUCAGGUGACAGGGACGGCCAGGUCCUGGUGAUGGACGUGAUCGCUACCACAAAGUUCAAGGCUCAGGCCAAACUGUUUUUGCAGAAACGCUUCCAGUCCAAGAGCUUCCCUUCCUAUAAGGAGUUCAGCGCCCUCUUCCCUCUCACAGCCCGCUCUACCUACUACAUGUGGAAGCGGGCCCUUUAUGAUGGCCUCACCCUAGUCGAUGGCUGA